GCAGACACGGACACCAUUCCAACUCCAUCGUCUCGUCCUAUCAUCUCUUGCCCCUCCCCGACAGUCUUCUCUUUUCCCCUCCUUUCUCUUCCGCUCAACUCUUUCUCGGCUUCGGAGCUGCACAUUCUAUCGCAUCCGUCCCAUCUCCCUCACUCUUUCCCCCUCUUCCAGGUAGUAUUUCCGGAUCAAGAAUCCACCUAAACGCAUCCAGCGUCUCAGGUCCCAGCCACCUAAUGCAUCGUCGGUGGGAGGAGCGUGCUUCCAAUCUCUGAUUAAGCUUAGACUCUACCAGCUUUGGAUUCUUCUCGUGAUCGGCCGCAUUGUGCUGUGCGGUGGCUCCUGCUUUGGAGUGGCCUGCGGCUGCGGGAGAGUUUCUACUUGGAGAAAGUUGCGCGCUUUUCGUGUGGGAGCAAUGGUGAACGACGGAGAGCAGUCGGCGAUCCCCGCCGCCGCCGCCGCCGAGCCUGACGUGGAGCUCGGACGCGUCAGCGGCGGCGGCGGGAGGAGGCUAGGCGGGGAGAGCUCCGGCGAGGAGGAGGAGGGGAGCCAGCGCUUCUCGGACGCCGAGGACCGGUCAUGGCACUCGCGGCAGAACUCCGCCGCACUCGAGGACCACACCUCGACUUCCGCGCCCGUCCGCCCCGGCGAUGGGGAAGGAGAGGGCGCAGUUGGGCGCGCCAGGAAGUCGUGCGUGUCCGAGGGCUCGCUGGACGACGUCGACCUGGAGGCCGGGCCGGCCGAGAUCACCAAGGCCAGCCCCGACAAGGACGAGAUGAACUGCCGCAUCUGCCACCUCGGCCUCGAGAGCGCCGCCGCCGAGUCCGGCGCCGGCAUCGUGCUCGGCUGCUCCUGCAAGGACGACCUCUCCUGCGCCCACAAGCAGUGCGCCGAGACAUGGUUCAAGAUCAGGGGCAACAAGAUCUGCGAAAUCUGUGGCUCAGCCGCAUGCAAUGUGGUAGGUUUUGGCGACGGGGAGUUCAUGGAGCAGUGGAACGAGUCGAGCAACUCCGGGGCUACGCAGGCACCUGGCAACGAGCCGCGGAGGUUUUGGCAGGGCCACCGGUUUCUCAACUUCCUUCUUGCCUGCAUGGUGUUUGCUUUCGUCAUAUCCUGGCUCUUCCACUUCAACGUCCCCGGCUAAGCCUCGUUGUGCGGACUUCUGAAUAAAAAGCUUCAGAGCCAUUGUUAUUGGCAGAAUGGUGGCCGAUAUCAGGUAAAAAAACAACUGAAAACCAAACAGGAAAAACUGAGCCGAAGAUGCAGGCUGCCUGAUUGUGGUGGAGCUGAAUUGAAAGGGUGGGUGUGUUGGUUUUGUAGAGAGCUGUUUGUAUCACACCCAGCAGCGAAGAAGGCCGAGGUUGUUCCGUAGAGGUUAGGACAUGGUGCCGAUGCAUCUGUAAUUCGUUGGUCUGAUUGUCUGAAAGCGGAAGACGGAAAGAUGUGAUGCUUGGUCGCUUAGUGCUUAGGAAAUGUUAAAAACAAGUUUCUGUUGGAUGUCAUUGUUAAAAUGUUCUC